GAGAGAGAGAGACCGUGGGGGGUGAGAAUGGCUGUCUGGAUCUGAGCGAAGGAGAGGGCAGGGGAUUGAGGCAGAGCUCUCUCGUUGUCCACGCCCGCUCCUGCUCCCCGGCGCCCUUCACCAUGGAAUUGCGCCGAGUUGGGAUGGACCUAUGCAGCCACCAGGAACUGGCUGUCGGGCCCCGGGAUUCGGCAGGUACUCGCGCUUGGAUGGCGAGGUAGGAUGGCCACACAGCGCGAUUCCUGCUGUCCCCACGCAGCGGUCCCCCGGAGGUGCCUCUGACUCUGGAAGCGUGCAGGGGUGUGGGCGGAGGUCGCCCAGCCGCGCCUGCACCUUCGCCAGUCGUUUCGCCUCUACCACCUACUCGCACCUGCCGCUGCGCGGAUACCAUGUCUAAGGCGGCUGGAGGCUCAGCGCCAGCGGCGGAAAGUUGUCCCUCGGCUCCGGCCAGUGUGUCUACACCCACGGGCGUGGAUGAUCUAUCUAAAGUGACGGACGAAGAGCUGCUGCAGUGGACCAAGGAGGAGCUGAUCCGCAGCCUGCGGCGAGCGGAAGCCGAGAAGGUGAGCGCGAUGCUGGACCACAGCAACCUCAUUCGCGAGGUCAACCGCCGCCUGCAGCUGCAUCUAGGCGAGAUCCGAGGGCUCAAGGAUAUUAACCAGAAACUCCAGGAAGACAACCAGGAACUGAGGGACCUAUGCUGUUUCCUGGAUGAUGACCGACAGAAAGGCAAAAGGGUGUCCCGGGAGUGGCAAAGAUUGGGUCGCUACACAGCUGGAGUGAUGCACAAGGAAGUGGCCUUAUACUUGCAGAAGCUGAAGGAGCUGGAGGUGAAGCAGGAGGAGGUAGUGAAGGAGAACAUGGAACUUAAGGAACUCUGCAUGCUGCUGGACGAGGAGAAGGGCGUAGGAUGUGCCGGCAGCCGCUGCUCCAUCGAUAGCCAGGCCAGCCUGUGCCAGCUGGUUGCCUCCGCUACCCCCUAUGUGCGAGAUGUGGGUGAUGGCAGCAGCACCUCCAGUACUGGCAGUACUGACAGUCCCGACCAUCACAAACACCAUGCCAGUGGGGGCAGCCCUGAACAUUUACAGAAGUCCCGGAACGAGGGCAGCCCAGAGCACACCAAACACAGGAGCACUAGCCCUGAACAUCUACACAAACCCAGGGCUUCUGGGACCCCAGAUCACCCCAAAUCACUGAAAGGACCCAGCCCUGAGCACCACAAGCCCUUGUGCAAAGGUAGCCCCGAGCAGCAGAGGCACCCACAUCCAGGGAGCAGCCCAGAAGUGCUGCCCAAGCACGUGUUGAGUGGGAGCCCUGAACAUUUCCAGAAGCAUAGGCCAGGAGGCAGCCCAGAACACACCAGGCACAGUGGAGGGAGUCCUGAGCAUCUUCAGAAACAUGCCCUUGGUGGGAGCCUAGAGCACCUCCCCAGAGCCAGGGGAACAAGCCCAGAGCAUCUCAAACAACAUUACGGGGCCAGCCCUGAUCACAAACAUGCAAGUGGCAGUGGAGGCAGCGGCGGGGGCAGCAGGGAGGGUACCCUCCGGCGGCCUGCUCAAGAGGAUUCAUCAUCCCAUCACCGGAAUGUCUAUAGCGGCAUGAAUGAAUCAACCUUGUCCUAUGUUAGGCAGCUGGAGGCCAGAGUCAGACAGCUGGAAGAAGAAAAUCGCAUGCUGCCCCAGGCUACCCAGAAUAGAAGUCAACCUCCAACUAGAAACAGCUCAAAUAUGGAGAAAGGCUGGGGGCCCAGAGCCCGGCGGGUCUUGCAGUGGUGGCAAGGGUGCCGAGGAAUAGGACGAUGCCUGCCAUCUCUCCCGGGUUCUUUUAGGUUGUCAUCAGGGGCUGAUGGGAAUAACAGUUCACUCAACUCUCCAGCUAGCUUCAGUGGACAUACCACACCUUCUCAGCAGCCUGAACCUGUGGUACAUUCUCUUAAGGUCUUGGAUGUUGAGGAAACUAUAGAUCGUCAGCAGGGUAAAGAGUAUGGCCAUGACCUUAGUGAGACAGAAAAAGCUGUAGUCAGAGAAAUGUGCAAUGUUGUGUGGAGGAAACUUGGAGAUGCUGCAGGCUCCUGUCCUGGAAUUAGGCAACAUUUGUCAGGAAACCAGUACAAAGGGCCUAUGUGAAAAGCACUACCUUCAAACAUGACAUCAUCACUUCUAGAGACAGCAGAAAAAGAAGACAAAGAACAAAUUCAGUUUCUACAAAAUAAAACUCAUGGCAUCACAUGGAGUGAUUGUACAUUGCUCAUAUCUCCCCUCUAAAUCCUCUAGUGUACCUUCUCCCAUACAGCUAAUAUGUGCUAUAUGUCUCAACUCUAGUGUUCAUAGCAGUCUCAAGGUAGCUUUGGAAAAUUGUUUUAGUAUUAAUGAAAGUAUUAAUUUCAUGACAGCUGAAAUGUUUUUGACUCUUCACAACCAUGAUUGACAUAUUGGGUAAUAUGCAUGGUUGGAUGAGUCCAGUAGAGCCUCUGUAGCUUUGAUAGAGGUGGUUCAUUGUAUCUAAUGGUAGGAGCUUUCUACUGUGUGGAAGAUAUGAAAAAGUAUUUUUGAGCAUACAACCUGGGUUGGGAAGCUCCCUCACAUAUAUAGCAGUUGAGGAAAGAUUGCUUCCUGAUGCAAAUUUAGUUGGAUGCAAGAUAAUAUUUGGUUUUCUCAUUUGAAUUCUGAGGUGCUAAAAAAUAACACAAAAUAUUUUACCAGCUAGAAAGGUAAGAGGAAUUUUUAAAGUGCUCAGCAGAGAGUAUCAUUUAUUUUCAUUUGGUCAAAAUAAAUAAUUUAAUUUUGAUGAGUUGUUUAUAAAGGCAUGUCUUUGGACCAUACAACUCUUCAUAUAUAUUCAACUUACCAAUGUCAACUAACAAGGAAACAAACAUAAUUAAUUUUUCUAGGAGUUUCAAGCUGUGAAAUCGUCGAUUUCUACAAUUUAGUUUCUAGACAUGCUGUAUACUUAAUAAAGUUUAUGUAAAAUGUAAAGUCUUGCACUGCCCUAGGAACCAGAAGCUUUCUUUGCCUAUCACUGCAGCUAUCUAAUGUCUUAGAAAGCUAACGCAUGUCCAUUACUGAAGCUAAAUAAUCUUUCCAGAUUGCUUGAGAUGUGUGCCAGCUUUGCUAGUUUUCUGCCUAGUGGUAUAGAUGUAUAAUAUUAGAAUGUGUGUAUUGGAAAUGCUAUGAUAUUUUGUGUUUAUCUAAAUUUAAUGAUAGUUUCUUGUAUGAAUGUUUAAGAGGCCUGUGACAGAAUGCUGUUUUUACCGUAGUUUAAGAUUAUAAAAUAGGGAUGCAACAAUUCCUGGAUAGCUUCUAAAUUUAUGAUUUGAUUCACAGUCAAUAUUCUUUGUUGUCUAUAAAUGAAAUGGUCUUAUUAUAUAACUUAUUAAUGAUUAUUGGCAGGGGAAUGAGAAGAAAUUUGCUGUAGUAAAAAUGCAUAAUUGUGACUUUCAAAACUGCCCUCUAUCUUCUAAAAAUAUUUACAGGUUCAUUUAACAUAGAAUGAUCUUCCUAAUUAUCAUAAAUGAGUUAUAAUUUAAGACUCUUCCUUUAAACUGCUAUAGUUUUAAUGUCUAAGAGAAAGUUGUUUAUAUAUAUAUAUAUAUAUAUAUAUAUAUAUAUAUAUAUAUAUACAUACAUACACACACACAUAA